ACACAGUUUAAAGGUUUCGUUGACACAAUAAGCUUCAUGCUGCUACAGAUACAGGACUGCUAGAUACUCUCAUCUUUGUGUGUCCGUCUUCUUGUUUCGUAACUUUGCGAUCUAUCUCUUCUAAUGCCUCUUCACCAACCUCGGACGCAACUAUGGCUGAAGCAGCGGUAAAUCUGGACAGCCUGUCCCCAGCACAGCAAGAAGCGCUGCAACAAUACACCGCAGUGACGGAUCAAGAUGUCCAGGCAGCUAUCGAUGUCCUUCAACGGUGCCAAUGGAACGUUCAGAUAGCUAUCACGAGGUUUUUUGAUGGCGAACCUGCCGACCCUAUUGCUACAGCCACUCCCGCCGUUCCUCCGCCACAUAACUCUCGCCGCCAAGGUGUUUUGCUGGAUGAUAUACCUGUGCGGAGAUCUGGUUCCAGAAGCAGAGGCUUAGAGCCGGCCCCGAGGGUCGUUCCGCAACCCGAGUCGCAGAUCAAUUACCAGGCCCCUCUCCUUGUAUACAUCCUCCUCUUCCCUCUCAACCUAGCAACCGGAGUCUUAGGUCGCCUGGGCAGGGCCAUAGGCUACAUAUUCCCAUUCCUACCCCGACUGUGGACAACUAUCUUCGCGAGGAAUACAGCCCGGGGCUCAAGGAGCAAUACCAGCGGACGUCGCGCCCUCAACCCACGCGACACGGCCGCACGUAAUAUUCGCGAAUUCGAAGAAGAAUACGGUCCACAUUCUCUACCCAUCUUUGAAAAUGGCUACGCUCAAGCCUAUGAUCUGGCUAAGCGCGAUCUAAAAUUCCUUUUAGUCGUCCUCUUCUCUCCUGAACAUGAUGACACCUCCUCCUUUAUCCGCGACACCCUCCUCGCCCCACCCGUCGCAGACUACAUUCGAGAUCCAACAAACAACAUCAUCUUAUGGCUAGGCAACGUUCUAGAUUCGGAAGCUUACCAAGUCGCUUCGGAAUUGCGUGUUACAAAACUACCCGUUGCAACUCUCAUGGUGCACACUCCUUCGGUCUCUUCCACCGCCUUCACCGUUAUCGCCCGCAUCGCCGGACCUAUGCCACCUGCUACCUUUGGAGCAAAGCUACGUUCUGCCGUCAGCCAGAAUAUCGAGCCCCUGGAGCGCGUCCGCGCAUCGCGUGCUGAACAGUCCGCAACUCGCUCCCUGCGUGAGCAACAAAAUACUGCAUACGAGCGCUCGCUUGCGCAAGACCGUGAGCGAGCGCGUAAGAAGCGCGAGGAAGAGGAAAAUCGCAAGCGCGAGGAAGAGGAAGCAGCAGAGAGGGAGGCGCAACAGCAGCGCUAUGAAGAAGAUCUAGCACAGUGGCGCAUGUGGCGUGCGCAAAGGUUGAAGCCGGAGCCUAGCGCGGACGUCAAGGAUGCCGUGCGGAUCAAUAUUCGCAUGCCAUCGGGCGAGCGAGUCAUGAGGAAGUUUGAAGCAGAUGCGCAACUGGAAGAGCUUUAUGCGUUUGUCGAAUGCUAUGACGUCAUCACUACAGGAGUGAAUGAGAGCGAGAAAAUCGAACAACCACAGGGGUUCUCGUUCGAAUACGGCUUCCUUCUCGUGAGUCCGAUGCCGAGAGAAGAAUACAAGCUUGUGGACGGUGGUACGUUGAAGGAGAGGAUAGGGCGGAGUGGGACUUUGAUAGUAGAGACAAUCGGCGGAGUCGAUAGCGAGGAGGAGGAAGACGAAGACGACGAAGAAGAAUGAGUGUACAUGUACACAAGGAGACGAGAUACACAAAAGGUCACUAUUGUAUAGAUCAAGGUGCACCAGGCAUAUAUUUAGCCAUAAGUAGCCAUUAUGACGGACUAUGUCCGUCUAUACAAGAAAGGUAUCAUAACAAUUGUCCGUUUAGACACCAUCUUGUCCAAAUGCAU